AUGAAGUCGCAUCACCUUCUUUCGGCUGCAGUCGUCUCUGCAGUCGCGCAGACCGUGCCGACGGUGCACAUCCCUCUCAACCUCUACUUUGGAGCCAACCACAAGGUCUCGACCAACGUCUAUAACCCGUCCACCAACACGACCAUCGAGGUGGUGUACGACCAGGGCAGCGAGAACUUUUUUCUCUUUGGACCCGACUCCAUCGACAACUGGGGAUCAUCGGGACUCGGUGGACAAGGGCCAUGCAACGUCUCCGUCCCCGCCGGCUGGUACUUUGACUAUCCGGCCUCGGACACGGCGACGGCGCCGGUCAACCACAGCGCCUUUUAUGCAUAUGGCGGACUCGACAAGAUCUACACUGGCUCCGUCACGGUGAAUGACACCUUUGGCUUUAGUAAUGUAGCCGGGGCCGACACGGCCGCCGUAGACGACGUCCGCGUCCAGAUUGUCGACUUUUUGGUCCAGCGCAUCAACGACCCGACCUGCAGCGGCACCCCCCUGUAUGAUCUGGGCAUCCUCGGCGUCUCGCCAUACUACAACAAUGCCUCGUCGCGCGUCACUGCCGGACCGCACGUCCGCCAGGACCUCUUGGAGCGCGGCGUCAUUGGCGCCGCCGUGCAGAGCAUGUGGUUCGACGAGGCCCCCGAGGACGUGUACGGCACGUACACGGGCGGCGGCCUCUUUGGCGGUAUCGACACGUCCAAGUACGCGGGCGACCUCGUCGCCGUCGAGACGCUGCAGCCCGCCGGCAGCGUCGGCUACUUUACCGCCGUGCCCGUCGUCACCAUUAACAAUGUGACGUACACGCAACCCGACAGUGCCGAGUACUGCCAGCUGGACUCGGGCACGCACGACGACACUAUUCCCGUUGCGUACCAGGAGGACGACCUUUUUUACAACACGAGCGGCAUCGUGAUUAGCCCCAGGGGCUACACCGCCUGGCCGGGCGAGUGUGACACGAUCCCCGCCAACGCCACUGUCGGCCUGACCUUUCCCGGUGCCGCCGAGGGGACGUCGGUGACCAUUGACGUGCCCAUCAAGUCCUAUGUCCGAGUAGAUUAUAGCCAGUACGAUCCCGGGUACUGUAUUCUCAGCGUCAGCACGAGCGGGUGUCUGCUUGGCGCGCCCUUUGCCACUGCCUCGUUCUUUGCUGCCGACGACGAGGCAGGCGUGAUUGCUUUGGCCAAGGGCGGUGUAUCGAAGCCGGGUGAAGGUGUCGAUGAGUCAGCGGUGGUGGCAAGAAUACCAUAA